ACUUUCGUUUUAAUGUGGGUGCAUUUUAUAAUUUCGGAAUUUGUGUACAUGCCCGUGUAUGCCGAAGGAAAGGUUAGCGGCAGCUUGCCACGGUCUAUCUUUGGUUUUCACAAGAACCAUCUUUAGCGCUUGGUGUUCAUUGUGAUUAGGGAUAUUUUUGCCCUUACUGCAACCUCGGUGAACAAAAAAAAAAUAAACACUUCCCCUUAAAAGGGCAACAAAGCUCCGAACUUCUGUCUCUUUCAGUGUGUAAUCAGUUUCUUUCAAGGGCUUUCCUACUCGGAUCAAGAUGACAUUUGCUCCUAACUUGCAGUGCAAAGUCGACGACAUCGGCUGAGCAAUGACUUGGUGUACGCUGACCGUGGCGGCAGCGAUCGCUGCACUCUGGCUAACGACGGCGGCUGUCAAUGCCAGUCUGGCGUCCGUCCUCGAGGGUCCAGGAGGAGGUGUGGCCAGCUGUCGGCUUCAGGAGACGAGCAUCCGCAUCACGCGCGACCACAGCGACGACCAAGGAAGCCCCGUGCGCACCUGUGAGGGCACUGUCCUCGUGAGUCGCUGCGAAGGCACCUGCGUAUCCCAAGUCCAGCCGUCCAUCACGCUGCCACACGGCUUUCUCAAGGAGUGCAACUGCUGCCGUGAGACCUACAUGAACCGGCGCGAGAUACAGCUGCAGGACUGCUUCGACCCCAACGGUCAGAAACUGUACGGUGCCGACGGAAGCAUGACCAUAUUCCUAGAAGAGCCCCAAGACUGCUCCUGUCACAAGUGCGGAGGCUGACGUGGAAGUGCAGGUGGUUCCGCCAAGCGCCCCAGCGGAAUCACUGCAUAACUUAUAACACUGCUUAGCGUCGUUCCUUCUAGCGCAUUCUUACUAUCUAUCUAUUCUAUGAUCCCGAAAUUGGACGUAAACAAAAGUGGAGAUAAAUGUUUGGAGAUUUCAUAGCUCUACGGGUGUCGUUACGAAAAAGUGUACCAGGCGCGGUAUUGCAACGCUUCUUCUAAUUUUCAUAUCUCUUCGUCAAUGGUUUACAUGGAGCUGCGACCCCACCAUGGCCGUGAUCGGCCACUCAGCAGAACUGUCGAUAAAAAGGUGAAUAUGAUCGGACAGAAACAAUAUUGCAAAACACAGCGUCAGGCACGUACUGUUCAGAACUUCAGCACAGACACAAUUUAUUCGAG